AUGACGACCAGGCUUCCACCCGAUCCCCCAGCGGGUGCCUCGCGAACACAAAUCGUGGUGUCAGACUCCAUUGUGCAUGUAGAGAAUGACAGCGACGUGGGCGCAAUGCCGAUAGAAUUGAAGGCCAGGACCUCAUCGAGGCGAAUGGGUCCGGCCACCAUGGCGAUGAGAAUGUGUGCCUAG